AUGGCUGCUGACGGGUGGAAGUCUGCUCCAACAGAGCCCCGCGAGGCUCUCCAGUACACUCCCCUCGUCUCCAUCCUUCCAGUCCAGUCAGUUGCACAUUCCCUACCUCUGCCUGAGGCUGGCCUGCCAGACAGACCUCUCCAGUUUCUUUCACGCGACGAACAAAUUAUCGCGUCUCAAAAUUAUGAAGCUCUCAACGUGCCUAUUGAGACCCAAGCUCAAGAAGACUUUUUUCGUACUCAAGCCGGCCACAUUAUCCAGAAAACUAGCGCUGUAGACCUUUCAUUUUUACAGUUCAGACACCAUGAUCUUCCGGAUCCAGGAACUGUCCAAUCAUCUGUUUCCUUAGGACCUCUUGCUGCAAACCUUUUCCAGAAUUCAGCAUUUUCAUAUUCAGUUGCUCCUCCUAUCAACCGACCUCAGACCAUUGUGCAUAUUCCACCGCCGCCGCUAGACGAGCCAAAUAUGCAACCCUACUCAAUCCCACAAAAUGAUCCCAUCACCAACAUCAAGAAAACAAACGUCAUCAAAAGACCUAAAGAAAGUAAAAAGACAAAACUUAAGAAAAAGGAGGCCCAGUUUGACGACCUCCUGUCUUCCAUAUUUGAAGCAAAUGACUCAUUUGCCCAAGACACAUCCGAGCGCUCCACAGAGUCUUCAGAAAAGGAUUCCAUGUGGCUGGUUCGUUACUCAACUUCCCUCCCCUGUCUUUCCAAUGCAUAUCUUGUCAACCUCGAAGACUCAAUACGCAAACUCGAAUCGUCAACCUUUUAUAAAGAGCUCGAGGUGGAAAAAAUCAUCAACCUCCAACGUAUUCUCGAGCGUGCAAUCAAAAAUGGCGAAUCAACUGUUCUAUCUCCCUCACAAGUCCUUGAUCUCGAAUAUCAAGAUAUCGUUGAUCAUACCUACACUCUCGACAACACACUCAAGGCUAUUAAAGUUCUCUUCCGCAUCUGGAUCUCGGGAAGAACAGACAAGGCUCUCUUUUCCGAAGAUCUUUUAACGGAGGUGACUGAGUUUAUUUCUAAAAUCAUGGAAACUGAAAUCCUCCCCUUAUGUGAACAAGAAGUCGCCUCUCACCCUAUAUUGAAAACUAAAAAUUACUAUAGUGCCCUGAUCCAGGAGCUUUGCCGAAUCUUUGAACUCUACUCUAACCUAAUUUCAACCUCCUUUUUAAACGAGUCAUCUGUCACAAAACUAGAGUUUCUUUCCAUAAAAAUCGUCUUCUUCGAAGUCUCUCUUAAACCAAAAGACAUGCUUGUGACCUUCACACUUCUCGAAUCACUCAAGGUCGCAAACAUGCUCCUCAUCUCUACCCUCUUUGGAUACUACCCAGAUCAACACUCGUUCCUUCUCGAUGAAAUCUUAAGUAACUUUGCAAAAGUCACGGGGUCAAAAUCGUCCCGCGUUUACCAUUGUUCCAAUGGUAUUUCUGUCCAGCUCGUAACUGCUCUUAUUACUAAAAUCAUCCAAACAGUCGGCCCCACUAGUAAAGAUUUAUUUAACGUUUUUAUCGGAGACAUGCCCGAAAAUGAGAUUAAUGAAAAACGCACCCAGAUGACUACUCUUUGUACAGACCGUAUUCGCCAAGCAUCUAAAAACUCUGCAGAAAUCCUCCAGUAUCUCAUCUCGCGUGCCAUCAAAACAACAAAAACUGGUGACUCUCCUUUCAGAAGUUUAAUUGAAAGCUUCACGGAUGACUUUGCAAAACUUCUUACCAACCCUGAAUGGCCAGCAGCAGAACUUCUUCUUACUACUCUUUCGAUAUCCCUUAUGAAUCUUUUGGAUAAAGACAAUGAGGGUGUCACUGCAUCUACAAUGGCUUUAGAGCUUCUUGGAAACAUUGCCAUGAAAAUUGGCAACUUUAAGAAAAACGAGGAUCAGGUCAUUGAACUUGCUCUCAAUAUAUCUACUGUUUCUUUUAACGAAUACUGUGACAUUGCUAGCCAAAACCUUGGGUAUCUACAAUCCUUGAUCCCCAAGGGUAUGGGCGCAAUCUCUUCUUAUCAGUACUUCUUGACUCUCUUUACAUCUAUUCUUACUUCUAUCUGGCACGGAACAAAACCUCAAGAUAUCGAGGAAGUCAAUGAAGAUACUCGGAGUAAAAUUGCUCUUCAUGAAGCUGCGGAAAAUCAACUUAACCAGAUCCUAGCACGCGGUAAAGAAGGUUUAUGGGUUUCGGAACCAAUUCUUUCUAGCCCUGAAGCUGAUAAAAACUAUAAGAGAUUUUUAUUUUCUCGAAAUAUGGUCCAGCUUUACGAUCGCAUUUUAAAUUCUAUUCUUCGUUCCCUCAAUCACUCAAAAAUCAAUAUUCGUACAAAAGCAUUGCGUACUGUGUCUUCGUUGCUUGCACAAUCACCAGACAUUUUCUCUCUCCCCCAAGUUCAGAAAUCUUUAUCUGAAAGAAUUGUUGACGUUUCCACUCAGGUUAGAGAAGCAUCAGUUGAUAUUGUGGGCAAGUAUAUGGUCUUUAAACCUCAGUUUGCCAAAGACUUUUACAUGGUGGUCUGCGAUCGGUCAAGCGAUACCGGUGCAGCUGUUCGCAAGCGUGUCAUUAAGCUGCUCCAUUCUAUUUACCACAUUGUCGAAGAUGAACAUAUCAAGAUUGAAAUCACUGAACGUAUUAUUCGUCGCAUUGAUGACGAGGAAAAGUCAAUUAGUGAGCUUUCUACAGGGAUUUUAACAGAAUUGUUUUUCCCGCCUAUGAAGUCCAAAUCUGCUGGUGAUAUGGUUGACGAGUUUGAGCAGCGCAAGACUGCACGCGAGAUUGCAUCAAUUUUGCUUGCUGUGUGGUCCCGUGGUGACAAAAACUCGCGUUUUCUUCGGGACUUGUUUAUAAAACUUUUCCACCCAAUCAGGGGCACUGCUUCCCCGGCUGUAAAGAUCACAGCCAAAUAUUUGAUUGAAGACUUGGUUGAACAAGCCUCGCAGUAUCAAUCACUAUCUCAAGCAGAAAAGAUUCUCGGACUUUUGUCUGACAUUAUAGGUGCAAAUGGGUCGUUUAUGAUCCAAGAUCACUUAAUGCUCCUUAGUGGGUUUAUUUCCGAUGAAUCCCCUGAAGCGCAAAACUGCUGUUACUAUACCCUUUGUAUUUUCCACAAAACUCUUGACAAGAUGGGCCCACUUCGCCCCCAACUCCUAAAAGACUUGCAGGGCACUCUUUUGAAGCGACUUGGAAAGUUUAACUUUAAGGAGCUUUCUGAAGCUAUUCCUUGUCUUUGGGUAGUUUCAGUUAUGAAGGGAGAAGCAGAAAAAGUUGCCAAGGUUUGCAAAUCAUGUAUGGCUUCUGUCGAGCCCAGUUACCGAAAGGCCUUGGCCAAAACCCCAGUUGAAGACCAACGCCUCAAUAAGUUUUUGUUCAUUCUUGGAAACAUUGGACAAUACUGUAACCUUGAUGAAUAUAUAACGCAACUUUCUGCUUUCCAACAAAAGAACAAUAUCAAAACAACUCUCCCCGAGCUUAUCAUUGCCAAGUGUACAGUUUUUGCGGACCCAGUUCAGUCCAUAAAAACUCGCAAAAUGGCAAUCAAAAAUAUCUGCAAUAUUUGCACAACCCAUCCACUAUUGUUUCUUUCUGCACCUGUUCUAAAGGUUCUUGAUGCUGUGUUUAAAGACUCCGAUGAUUCAUUAAAAGAUACUUUGAUGCGAUCUUUCACUUCCUUCUUAUACUAUGAAGAAGAUGUUGCUAACGCCAAGUCGGCAAUGAAAAACACGAACAAACCUGACAAUGUUGACUUGGAAGUUUUUUUGGGUGUUACAGACAAAUUUCAUAAUGAUGGUGCAUCUGCAUCUUUAAUGCAACGUUAUCUCACUAAUAUUAUGGAUCUGGCACUUUCCGGAGAGACAGAAUUUGCUCACACUGCAUGUCUUUUACUUGAACGUAUCAUUAGACAAGGUUUGGCUAACCCCCGUAUCGCUAUCAGCACAAUUAUUGCUUUAGAAACGUCCAAGAAGCGCGAUAUUUCCGUCAUUGGGCGCGAGAUGCAUACAAAGCUUCACGACAAGCACGAAAGUUUGAUUGACGGAAGUUAUGUCGAAGGUGCAAAGCAUGCUGCAAACUAUCGCAUUAAAGUAUCGUCAAAUUUGUUUAAAGAGUUUGAUAACUUUUCCGGCUUUUACCAUUUUCUCAAAAAUAGCCGUCAGGCAAAGAAAAAAUUCCUUCUUGGAUUAUGUCGCACUUUUGAUUUUGAGCCAACUCAGGAUUUUAAUGAGCUUGAUCAUCAUAUCAAGUAUCUUGUAUAUAUGUCAAACUCACUCUCCACUCUUCAUUUUUACAUGGCUGAAGAGGUCAUGUACUUAAUCCACGGUCUUGAUAAAAUCAUAUCUAGCACUGGUGUAUCUGUGUCACACUACUGCGAAAAGAUUUUAGAAAAGUUUCAGGAAACAGAGCAGACCAAAACCGAAUCCACUCAACAAAUUUCCGAGAUACAAGAAGAGGAGACUAUUGAUCUUACUGCAAUUUUAGACGCAAGUAGAGUGGGAGAAUUCAUCCAUGUGGAUUCUAGCGCACUUGCCAAAAGUUCUGGUUCCACACAAACUAUUGUUGAUGGGCCCGGGAACAGGUCCGCUAAAAAUAUUGAGGAGACUGUAAGUCCUGAAGAACUCGAGCGGUACGCGAGAUCUGCGGUUCUUGUAAAUAUACUAUGGGAUCUGCGCCAAUUCUUGCGCAAGGCGUACAAUUUUUCUGAAGAACGGAUUCAGAGUUUUGACAUUAGCAAGCUUGGAAAAGAUCCAAAAGCAGCAUCGCGCUCUGUCGCUCAAAUGUAUGAGAAGUUGGAUAUAGAUCGCACGGUGGACUUAAAUAGUAGCUUCACAGAGAACCCCAAGGCAAACCUUGCUCGAAUCGAGGCAUUUGUUACUCACGUUUCGCCAGACUCUUUAAAUCCUGACGACUACUUUGAUGGAGAAGGAGAUGAAACGCUUGUUUCAAAUACAAGCCAGCCGGCAACAAAAAAACGAAGUCAUAAUGGAAGCUCUGGCAGCCACCACGGAUCGAAAAAAUCUCGCCAUAAUAAUGAUUAA